CGGUCGUGGGGUUGAACCAAGGUCAGCUGGUGGGUGAAACUUGAUAGACGAGACUGAGACGCACGUCUCGCAGCGAGACUCUUGUUUUCGACGACAAAAUCGACUGACCGAUGGCGUCGACGGCGCUAAAGGCCGCCGGAUUGGCGUCGGUCGUGGCCCUCGUGGUCGCCAUGCUGAUACGUUCGUCGCCGCAGUUGCUGGACCAGCGCCUCCAGGCCGUCCUUGAAGGACUGGAACGAUUCGAGCGGCGCCACGGGGUCGGAGCCGGCACGCGCGUCGCCGUCGGCUACGGCGCCUGCAAUGACCUGUUCGCCGACGCCGCCGAAUUCUUUGACCACGAGGCUGCAGAGCCGAAUUACUCGCCGCGACUGCUGGAGCGGCGCCAGGUCAUCGACACCUUCGCCUACUUCUUCAGGCACGGUGCCGCAGCCGAACGAUACAUCGAGAAUGCCAGUCUGUUUGACGAACUCGUGGACAAUGCUAGUGGUCUGCCAGGCGCCCACUUCGCUCUUGGGGGCAACGCGCCUGUGAUGGCCUCGAGAUUCGUCUUGGAAGGAUGUCAGGUUAUUCUGGCGGCGAAAAUGACACCUGAGCUUCAGCAACAUUUGCCUCCUGAUUUAGAAGUUAUCGGCGGUGAAGUAACGCAUGACGACAUCCAUCUCAUUCUUGAAUACAAAGCUGGACAAACAUGGGGAAAGUUCACAGCCCCAAGGGCAAAUAGGUUUAUUGUGCACAACGAUGAAAAUAACCCUCUGGUUAAGUCCUUGGAGCCGUUUGGAAAAGAGCUGUCAACCUUUGAGCCAAAUUUAUUGGUCGUGAGUGGACUGCAAAUGAUGGACAACUACCCUUACGCAACUGGCCAGAGGGAAGAGCGUCUUCAGAAAAUCAAGGAUCAAAUGCUCUCCGUGGGGCCUAAAACCAAAAUUCAUUUUGAAAUGGCCUCUUUUGCCGAGCUAGACUUGUUGGAGCAGCUGACCAAAUACAUAGUGCCCUUUGCUGACUCUCUUGGAAUGAACGAGCAGGAGCUUCCAAACUUGGUUUCAAUGCUGCAAUAUGGAAAUGUAAGCGUUAUCUCCGACUCAAACCCCAGAGUGGCGUCAGCCUUGGACCAAAUGCGCCAGCUCUUCCGCCUUUUGAGAGACGAAGCCGACGCCGCUGGCCAGAGAGGCGUCAGCCGCCUUCAUGUCCACACUCUUGCCUAUCAAGCUAUCCUAACCACAAAGGAUUCACUUGUGAAAUGGAAGAACUCUGGCGGUGCGGCAGCUAAAGCCUCUCUGACAGCCCACAGACACGUUUGCGCCUCGCCAGCGGUGGAUACGUCCAGAGCUCGUCUCCUCCUGGACGACAGCUUUGCCGCCUCACGCAUGCAGAACAGCCGCCGAGUCGGAGUGGAUUCUUCGGAGCCAGUCGCGUGCUGGGAGGAAAAGCUGCCUGAGACUGUCACCAUCUGCGUGGCGCCCGUGCUUGUCUGCACUCAGGCUCACCAAACAGCAGGCGCUGGAGAUAAUAUUUCUGCUGCUGGUCUUGUUCUUCAGAUCUGAAUUAGAUCAUUCCAUUCGGAAAAAUUCCAAGUGUGGGGAUUUUGUGUUUGGUUCACCAACAUUGCCACAGAUUGCCAUUUUUUAUUUUGUUAAUUAAAUUAACUGCGUUAAGAAAUAGAAAAUCAAAGUAACGGUUGCUAUAUAUUUGCGUUGAUAUUUGACUGCUAUAAUUUAAGUUGGGACUUAAUUUUGCUCACCGUGCUUUUGCGCCCCGCAAGUUAUCUCAUUCCUCAUCCUCACAAGGAGUAAAACUGCACCACAUUCCUCUGUAUGAUUUUUUUGUUGUCGCCAACGGGUCGUGACAGUUACCCGUGUGUGAGAAUUCCUGGCCCCAGCCUUUAGACAAAAAGUGUUCAUACAAUUUAGCAAACACGCUGGGAUCAAUGUUUUCGACGUUUCAAUGACACAAUUGACUGUGAUAAAAAUGAAGAAUCACACUUCACACCAACUGAUGCGAUUUUUGUAACUUUGGAUAGGUGCACCUUUUUGAUUAAAUUUGUUGUAAAGGAAGCCAGUUUGCAAUAAAUUGUUGAUUUUUCAUUGACGAAA